AUUCGUUGAAUGCAAAAGGAUAUCACCCGCCCGAAAUUCUCUUUUAACAUCCCUCUAAAUUUAUUUCCCCCUCCCUUUCUCUCUCUAAAUUUAUUUCCCCCUUCCUUGGCGAUCAUGUCUACAGCAUGCGUCUGGAUGGCAUGGCCAACUCUCCUCUCUCGUAGCAGGGGAAGUAGGAAUUGGAUGCUCUGCACUUCCUUUCUCUCUCUAAAAUCCCCGAUAUCAAACCAAACAUUCCUCAGAAUCCCAGCUCCUGUUUAUAAGAGAAGAGCAAAUCUCACCAAUUUCAGGCAUUCCCCUGUUUUCAUGAUUUGGCAAGAUUGCAAAGCUAAGAUUGAAGUUGAUGCCCCUGCUUCCGUUGCUUAUAAUCUCUAUCUUGAUCGUGAGGCCAUUCCUAAAUGGAUGUCAUGGAUUUCGUCAGUAAAGGUGUUGGAAGAUAAACCUGAUUUAUCGCGAUGGACAAUGAAGUAUAGUGCCUUUGGUCGUGAUUUUGAGUUCAAAUGGCUUUCUCGUAACUUACAGCCCAUUCCUAAUCAAAAAAUUCAUUGGCGUUCACUAGAUGGUGUCCCUAACAGAGGAGCAGUGAGAUUUUACCCAAAGGGUCCAUCUUCUUGCGUAGUUGAAGUGAGCAUGCUUACCCUUUCUUAUGAAGUUCCUGCAAUCUUAGCAGGGGUGACCUCUGCAUUGGUGCCACUUGUUGAAGGCCUUCUAGAUGAUGGUUUGAAGAAAUUUGCAACCAUAGCAAAAAGCUACUAUUCAGGCCAACCUAAGACCUGAAAGCUUUUCCUUGCUUUGGGACCUAAGGUUCAAAUUCUCUUACAAUUGGAUGCGAUUAAUUGUGCGAAGGUUAAGUUGUAUCCUUUUUGUACAUGCCUCUUAUUAAUGAACUCUAUUCCUGUUCUGAAUUUCCUAGUGUAAAGGUUAAAUGUAUCCUUUUUGUACAUGCCUCUUAUUAAUGAACUCUAUUCCUGUUCUUAA